AGUUGUUCUCAUCGAGGUUAACGUCGACGGGUUCGUGGAAUUUCAACGAACUGGACCCUCACACCAUCGGGUCACUCGGAACAACUGACCACUAUCAUCACAUCUAUACCACUACCUACUGACCUUUCCAAUUAACAGGAGCCUUUUGACUGUCAUUUUCAACAGCAGAUCGUUCGUCUGUGACGAGCUAUAUCGGUACAAUGCUCGAGUAUGUGUAUGCACUUCACGACUUUCAACCCGAACAUGAGGACGAAGUCUCCUUCCGUGCGGGUGAGCCCAUCGAGGUCAUAGAGAAGGAUGAUCAAUACAGCGAUGGCUGGUGGCAGGGACGCAAUCUUGCGGGUAAAAUUGGCCUGUUUCCCAAAAGUUAUACUACACCGGCUGCCCCUGCCCCUGCUCGUGCAGCUUCCCCAGAAUCCACCACUGGCCCUUCCAUUCACGAGGCUCCUGAAAUUUUACAGUCACAAGAUGAAGAGGCAGCUUCAAUCAUUGGUAGCGACGCCGAGUCCAACAUUGGUGUCGCCCUCGGCGAACCGCCUUCAGGACGUCAGGAGGAAGUCAUGCAGGCUACUAUGACGGACGUCCAGAAGGCCAUUGAGCAGCUUGGCCGAGAUGAUCGAGAUGGAAGCCGCAGCUUCAGCUUCGCCAGCACUCGACACGGAGACACGGACCGUGAAACGGAUACAGAAACCGACGGAGGUACUAGCUUACGGGAGGACGGAGAGGACUGGCACCGUAGUGCCCGAGACAAGCUUGCAGAACAGGCGCGUAAAGUUGUGGAAGCGAAGGCCGCUACGGAUGUGGAGAUUCGCUCUCUCGCUCCUCCGAUAGACAUCGAAUUGAGUGAUGAGAGUGAAGCAGAAGAAGUGGACGACACAUUUCAGAAUAUACAUCGGUUCGCACGCGAUCAUCCCCAUAUCCCCGAGGAAGAUGAGGAAGAUAAUGACAACGAUGGUGCAGUAACUCUGAGCCACAGCAGGAAGAACUCGAGCAUGAUUUCACCUAUGACACUCCCCUUGGAAGAUUUACCAUCCCUUGCACCCAAUGAUGGUGAACAAACAGCCAAAGUCGAUAGGACGUCGUUUUCUGUUACCUCAACCUCUCGCGCUAUCUCCCCCGCGCCCACUGGUCAUGAACGCAAUGGAUCUCAAUCUCGGUCCGCUCCCGUAUCUCCUAUGGUCAAUAUAUUCGCACCUGUUCCUGUUCUUGCCGUCGAACCCUCUUCCAUACAGUUACCUGCUUCCCCAGAACCCACCACCCACGCUACACCCACGCCUGUGGUUCGCGAGAUUCGCCAGGUUUCCAAUGCUGUUUCCUCCCCCUCCCCACGUGUAGUCAGCCCACCACCGACGUCCAAGCACAACAGUGUUGCAUCCAGCGGUCAAGCUUCUACCACUUCCAUACCACAGACAUCGUCUGAACCCACACGGGAAACCUGUAGUCCGAUGAAGUCUGUUCCUCCAUCGGAGUGGAGUGUCGAAGAGGUUGUUGACUGGCUGAAGUCCAAGGGCUUUGGUCAGGAUGUCUGCGACAAGUUCAUAGAACAAGAGAUCACAGGCGAUGUCCUACUUGAGCUUGACAUCAACCUCCUGAAGGCUGAAAUUGGUAUCGUCGCAUUUGGAAAGCGCAUGCGCAUUGCCAACGCUAUCGCCGAACUACGCCGUCCUCCAUCAAUCAUCUUCCCAGACGUCCAGCCCCAACAUCCUCAGUCCUUGUCGCACUCUCAUUCCUAUUCCUACACACACUCGCGUUCUGGCUCGACUCAUCAGUCGCUGAACAGCCCCAUGUUCGCGACCACCAUGAGUUCAGCUAUUACUGCGCCGAACUCAGCAACAUUUGGUUCGAUGCGCAGUCCCGAGAGUCCAGCUGCAGACAUGAGCCAGUUCGUAAAAAGAGUAUCUAGUCUGUCAAGCACAGGUGCCAGUAUUGUUGGAGGCUCGCUAGAAAAUAAUGUCUCGCCUGGCGUGGUGGGACUCGGCCUUGGGGUCCCGCCGAACGGCAACGAACACAAACGUACGGGGUCAGGCCAACUUCUGCCUUCGCCUAGUGAUGGUGCCUUAAACAAACGAUCUCAAGAAGAUGCACGUGAGCCUGAAGAGUUGCAAGACGAUGAUCGCGGCGCCCUGAGCGAGGGAGAAAAUGUACCUUCUGCCGCCAAGCAACGCCGGCGCCUCUUUGGGCGUUCCACAGAAUCCACAACUACCGCGAAGGAGAAGGGUGACACAUCCUCCAACAAUAAUUCUACAACUGCGCUCUCAGCUUCAGCACCCUUGGCGGUGACGGUGGCUUCAUCGCGGAAGCGGGAGCUGCUGGACGACUCCAGCAUUAGUAGUAAGCAUAGCCGGAACAAACGGGAUGGUACGACGAGAGGCACCGAACGGCAUAGUUUGUUCGGAGGCACUUUCACGACCUCCCUCGGGAAGGGCAGGAAACCUCCACCAAGGACCAGUCCGUCAUUGACUGACGAAAGUCCAAUGGAGAAAUCUUCGACUCUCAAUCUUUCCCGGCUGUACAGUAGCAAGAAGCCCCCAGCUCGCCCAUCCACGUCGGACGGAUCGCUUUCCAGCACUCUUCGCAAUCCCUCACGCAGCGAUUCUCUUGAUGAGAAGAAGAAGCUGAGAGAGAAGGAGAAGACGUCUGAGAAGUUAAGAGACAAGGACGUGGAUAGUCAAACGCUGAAAGAGAAGGAAUCAUCGGCGGCAUCGAAAAAACAUGCCGAUGGUCCCGAGAGCCAGUCUCGAGGUCCUAGUACGUUCAAGCCAGGAAAGAGUAUUAUUGACCAAAUCGGCACCCCUGACCACCAAGGAUGGAUGCGCAAGAAAGGCGACCAUUACAAUGCCUGGAAGGUGCGGUACUUCGUUAUCAAGGGCCCACAUCUAUACAUCCUACGGAGCGACAACAAAACGGAGGUGAAAAUCAAGGGCUACAUAAAUAUUGUCGGAUACAAGGUUAUUGCGGACGAGAACGUCGAUCCAGGACGUUAUGGCUUCAGGAUAGUGCACGACACAGACAAGACGCAUUUCUUUAGCUCUGAUGAGCAAACCGUGGUCCGUGAGUGGAUGAAAGCAAUCAUGAAGGCUACCAUUGGCAGAGACUAUUCGAAACCUGUUGUUUCUUCUGUCAACAUUCCCACCAUCCCUCUAACAGUUGCCCAAGCGAUGAACCCUGCGCCUCGACCGCCGUCUCCUACCGUUCGCGAUGCGACACAAAAAGCUUUGCGCCGCGAGAAUCCAAAUCAGCUAUCUACUCGUGAUGCCCGUGUCCUGAUGGGUCUACCAUCGCCGGAUGCUAGUGACGCACAAGAUAGCGAACGAGCGCGUCUCGAUUCGUUCUUUACUCAGCAGUCAGUCUCAACCCAGCCUGAAGACGAGUCCAAAGCAUCAUCUUUGAUGAAUGAAGCUCCUCCCCGCCCGACUAGAGAGGCGCGCCCUUCGCCAACUACCGCGUUAAAACCUUCUGACGCAGGUCUGAUCGAAUGGGCUAAUUCACACUUACCUGCGGCGUUACAAAAUUAUGAUACCACUGGGCAUCUUUAUAGCGGUCUUGCGCUUCUUCGUCUCUCGGAAUCAGUUUUAGGGAAAUCGCCCUCACCGCCCGUGGCAGACUCAGCGUUCCCGUCUGGCCCCAACGAUGAUAAGCUGGAUGGGCUAUUCCGCCUGUUUGACUUCCUCCUCGACAACGAUGUAAAAAUGGGCAGCGUAAGCAUCAACGAUGUCCGACAAGGGAAACGCGAUAAGAUAGUACAGCUUCUCAAAGCACUCAAGGCAUGGGAGGACAGGCGGGUGGACAUAUUGAGAUCUAUUGGUGCGGGGACAAUUCAGGCUGGUCCCUUCAUGGCCCCCGCUUUAAAUACUUGGAAGAGGUAAAUUCAUUUGGACUGGAUAUCAUUCGAGAUCGCGGACUCGACCUCCAUCAUUCAUUUGCGCUACAUAUAUCAUGAUAACCCUCGUAUACGGUUGGGUUUUUUCUCUGGAUACCCGUCGAAUACUUAUCACAUCCUGCGAAAUAAAACUACAUUAUGUACAUGAAAUAUGUCAACUUUCCUAGCAGUCAGG